GGUUCGGGUGUGGACUUUGCUUUAGAUAAGAACCACAUCCCCUUCUUCUUCCCCUUUUAAUUCCCAUUUUCAAUAUUUUCUCUCUCUAAAAUCUCACUUCAAAAAAAGUCUGUUUUUUUUUUGUAACUAAGUUCAAGCUGGCUAUCGAAAAUCAAGAAUCCACUGUUCGUGAAAUCAAGCCCAAGAACAGAAGAAUCAUGGGAGGUGGUGGACCUGAUGAAGAAGACAACAAGAACGACAAGUGGCCGCCAUGGUUGAAACCUUUAUUGAAAGAACAAUUCUUUGUUCAAUGCAAGCUUCAUAUUGAUUCUCAUAAGAGUGAAUGCAAUAUGUAUUGCUUGGAUUGUAUGAAUGGUUCUCUUUGUUCUUUUUGCCUUGCUUAUCACAGGGAUCAUAAUUACAUUCAGAUAAGGAGAUCUUCGUACCAUGAUGUAAUAAGGGUAUCUGAGAUACAAAAAUAUUUGGACAUAUCUGGUGUUCAAACUUAUGUAAUAAACAGUGCUAAGGUUGUCUUCCUCAAUGAAAGGCCUCAACCAAGGCCUGGUAAAGGUGUUAUCAAUACUUGUGAAGUCUGUGAUCGUAGCCUUGUUGAUAACUUUCGGUUUUGCUCCCUUGGUUGCAAGAUUGUUGGGACGUCAAAGGAUUUUCAAAAGAAGAAAAGGCAACUAGCGAUGGUAUCGUCGGACUCUGAGGAUUCAUACAGUAGUAGUAGCCAUGGGAAGCCAAGGAAGAAUGACGACAACAGCAACAAAGUUCGUAGUUUUAGUCCAUCGACGCCACCUCCGACUUCGGUUAAUUACCGAAAUGCUAAACGUAGAAAAGGGAUUCCCCAGCGAGCUCCAAUGGCAGGACUAAUCAUACAAUAUUAAAGCCCCAUAGCCUUAAAGUUUAGACAUGUACACAAUGUGAUGGCCACAAUGCCCCACCACAACUCUUUCCCUAAAAACGAUCCGGCAUUGUCACAUUCCCCUCCCAUUCUCAAGUGUUUUGUAAAUAGAAGCAAGCAAAAAACAUACAAGUGGGAAACAAAGUGGAAAAAUAAGCCCCACGGAUAGGGAUAGGAUUGUCCAAAGAUCGAAUCCGAGAUUGAUGUGAACUAAAGACUUAAAUAUAAAUCUUUUAGCAUUGUGGAAUAGGUUAGUUUUCGUUUUUUCUUCACAUUGUGUACAUAAGGGUUUGGUUUUGGCAAAUUGUAAUGGGGAUUGGGGAGUGAAUGGAAUAUGUAAAUAUAACAGUGUUAUAAAGAGGAUGGAAGGGUUUUCUAUAAAUAAAUAAAAUGAUUGUAUGUUGUUUGAUU